AUGAUAGUGGAUGCUGUUAGCCUGAGCAAAAUUUGCUAUCUAGAGCACAAACUUGGUCCUUUUCAUACACACCCAGUAGUGCCGGUGCUAAUCGGCCAGUGCUUUGGCGGACCCAUCAAUAUAGUGAUAGAUCCUAACAGUCAUAUAUGGGUCACAUCGGACUUGAAUGCGGACAACUCGGGUCUGGAAGCGGUAGAUAUCCGGUCACUGCCUUCGACCACAACUACUACCGCAACGGAUAGUACCGACCGUUUGGACCGAAGCCUACACUUUGAGCCGCACUCGGAUUAUAAGCCGUCCGACAAACGUAAUCGCAAUCCGUUUGAGGACUGGGCGUCGGGUGCGGUCGACGACAAGCAGUUUGAGCCGUGCGGGUCGUGUCCACCGCCCGACCAGUGUUUGACCGGUUUCCGGGAGACAUUGAAUACACUGCCCGACGAUUAUUAUAAUCAAAAUGACGUUAAAAUUGCAUACGAAUUGGAUUUUGUGUUAAGAUGUGCACAAUGUAUGCGAUAUAAUGAUGGUUAUUGUUAUGCCAAUUGGGGCAAAAUGAUCAGGGAUGGCACGAGCCUGGCUGAUAAGUUGUCAACUGUGAUAAUUAUUAUGCAACUUUUAAACACUAGCGACCCAGAUGACAAAUAUAGCUGGACCAAUAUAAACGAUACUGGAUUACCGUGGAUGACCAACAUAACAUGGUCGUACAACGAGGUGAACAUUACAGAAAAUCCACCUAGAAUACUAUGUCUGAUUACAACAUCGCCCAAAAAUCACGCCACCAAAGCGGUGGCCAUUAGGGACACGUGGGGCAAAAAAUGUACCAUGCUGCAUUUUGUAAGCUCCGAGUUGGAAGCGGGCCUACCUGUGAUUGCGACAAAGUGCAAAAAAGACAACCAUGAUUAUGUGUGGUGCAAAAAUACGCAAGGUCUCAUCGAGGCUAAUAGGAUGUAUAAUGAAAGCUAUGAUUGGCUGCUGAAGGCCGACGAUGACACGUAUGUAGUGAUGGAGAAUUUGGUUCAUUUUGUGGCCCAUUAUAACGCAAGUGAUCCCAUUUGGUUCGGUCAGCCCUUUAACGCUCCCCCCAAAUAUCACAAAGUUCAAUAUUUUACUGGAGGUCCCGGAAUUAUAUUCAGUGGGGAAGCGAUUAAACGAUUAAUUAAAUCAUUUGAAAUCCGACGCAAGUUCUGCGACGCCGACAAAGAGGAGGGUCCGGACGACGUCUACUUCUCGGUAUGUCUUAGAGCGAGCGGUGUGUUGGCCGGCGAUACAAGAGAUAAUACGGGGUAUGAACUGUUGCAGUUCAACAACAAUAUCUUUUCAUUACGUCAAACCAGAUUUCAUAUUUGUAAAAUAGUAAUUAAAAUUUUUACAUUCCUGGCCAUAUAUCAGAGACACUGCCUAGCUACCACGUUUACUCAGGGAAUUAUACGCAUAGAUACAACACAAUGUGUCGGCGAUCAUGGUGGUCAGAAUUAUACAAUUAUAGCACAUUACACAAAUGACCAAGAUUGUUCGCUGCAAAGUUUUAAGGUCGAUUAUGUAUAUCUGAUAACAACACCUUCUGACCAUGCUGCAAAUUAUGUUUACAAAAUGAUCUCGCUGGUCCGGACUAAAUUUCCUCAAGGAGCCAUGAUGAAUUUCCAGAAUCUGUACCAACUAGUGCAAAAUGACCAAGAUGCUCCGUUGGCCGGGCUAUAUAUAUUUGAUAAAAUUUUAUGGCAUCAAUAUGCAUAUCUAAACCGGUGCUCAUCGGUGUUGGGCUAUUCAUUUGUGACCUUGGUUGAUUUUGAGGCAUAUUUUAUAGACAAAGUUACAUUGAACGAGGUAGACUCGGCUGCCAUCAAUGCAUAUGAUAUAUUUAAACAACACGCAAUUACCACGUGUAUUGGAAAGGUCUGCUAA